UCAAAAUGCUCAAAUGUUUUGCGGCUCCAGACAGAUUGUUUUUUUAUUAUUAUUUUUGCCUAAAAUGGCUCUUUUGAUAGUAAAGGUUGCUGACCCCUGCCCUAACCUAUCAAACACCUGCAGAUGAGCUGCUCAAGGACUCUAAAUCAUGUGUUGCAUUACAUAAAUAUAAAUAAGUAUGCAGCUCCAGAUGAGUCAUGUCAGGCUUCUCUUUAAAAACUGGACCAGUGACAGGCUGUCUCCUCACACCAGUCGGCGCACCUCUCCAGGAUUUAACCCUGCACCACCAGCACCACCAGCAUCCCUCAUCACCACACCCUUGUCCGCUGAUUGGCCCAAAGUUUCCCCCUGGCACCGCCCUCUGCUCGGCGGACCCGCCCUUCCAGCGCUGCUCAGCCUGUUGCUGCCAAACCAGCUGGCAUUUUCAAUUCAUAUCCUGCACCCACCCACGACUGUGUGUGUGUACUCCAAAAAACCCUGACCUUUAAACUCAGGUUUUACUAUCUUUUAUUACUUUUCAGGAAGAGACCAAGAGUUCAGAAUGUGGAACACGGAGGAACAUUCUAGAACUUUACCCCUGUGGAAGCUCUCACCUUCCAUUCUGAACUGAAGAAGUGAUUUAACCUGUUUUUGAGUGACGUUUUAUUAGUUUACCUUCAUGCAUCAUGCGGAACUGCAGCAGCACAUGACGUAUUUGUCCGUGAGUUGGUGAAGCUGCUGAGGAAAGUCGUCCACACCGACUAGCUCCUCUCUCCUGUCCGGGUCUCCUCACCUGAUUGACGGCCACUCCCAGCCGGUGCAGCCGGUGCAGCCCCGCGGGCCCCCCAGUAGGAUGGUGACGCCGGGAGAUGUGCCUGCCUGGAAAGCCACGAUUUUCCUCUUUAAUUUAAUCUCAGCUGCUGUGGCCAAAAGACACGUCGUGUAUUGGAAUUCUACAAACACAAGGUUAACAGCAGGAGAACUGUCCGUCCAGGUGAAUCUGAAUGACUACCUGGACAUCUACUGCCCACACUACCCAAACAAGGGGGCCCAGGGCCCCGGGCAGCCGGAGACGCUGGCCCUCUACCUGGUGGGAGAGACCUUCUUCCAAGGCUGCGUGGAAACCAGAGGGGCCAUCAAGAGGUGGGAGUGUAACGACCCCUACGCUCCGUUUGGACCGGUGCGCUUCUCUGAGAAGAUCCAGAGGUUCACCCCCUUCUCGCUGGGGUUUGAGUUCCUGCCAGGGCGCCACUACUACUACAGCUCUCUACCCGCAGAUGAAGGCCCUCCUCUGCCAUGUAUGAAGUUGCGUGUCACCGUGUGCUGCGAGCCCACAUCAGAGGGUUCAAAACAGAUACAAGAAACUGUACGUGCAAGCAGCGCCUGCUCACUGAGGACAGCUUCACCUCCGCUCCUCCUCACCCUCGUCCUCCUCGUUCUGCUGACUACCUGACUUCCUCGUCCAUCCGAUCCGUCCUCGCCUUCUGACCUCGCAACCCCCAGAUCGGGAGAAUAUCACUCAAGACGUUCCAAGUACACAAUGCAAUCUACACUCAAGACUAGUGAAUGACGCUAUGCUAAGCUACUGCAAAAUGACACGUAUUACCACCUUGUGGCUGGUUUACCUGUGAAAUUCCAGAAAGAAUCCGGUGUUUCUUCUCCAGAAACGGUGACUCAGGGACCGACACGCCGAAUCACAGUGAUUCAUUUCUUGUUAUUUUUCUUCUCCGCGCCGGUUGUGUAAGUAGUAACACCGAAUAUUACACAUGGAGCUAGUCAUAAGACUCAGAUACCGCUCCGACGCCAGGAGAACAAUGAGUCUGUCAGGAAGCAAGUUUUCUCUCUUUUUCAUCUCUGUUUCUCAUUUUCUACUUAUUGUGUUGUAUUUACUUCUUUUUGAGAAGCUGCCUCCUGUUAAAAAGUGGCCAAAUGAACACACACGACUGUACUGAGAGGCUCAGGUUGGAGGCCAGUCAGUUAGCUGGUGACUUUUUCCUUCUUCAUUAAAUGCUUAAACAGAAAUAACUUCCACAGUUUAACAUCUGAUUACAAUCAACUUUUUUAACUGAUUAGAUUUUGGAGAUAAAUUUGCUUUAGGAGGAAAUGGGGAAUAUUUGUGAAUAGUCAAGCUGGGCUGCUGCGCCCCCUACUGGGAUCAAACUGGUUUAACUGGAGUUGGACUGGGUUGGCCAGAAACUCAGAAACUGGACCCUAGAUUGUGGUGCUGUGAGGUGAUAAUGGGACCUGGGACAGAGUUUAUCCUCUCUGAUUGGACCCCCUGUUGUUCUGCCUCCCCACCUCUCUCUCUCUCUGCUUCAGAGUACAGCACAGAACAGAGGGGUUUAUGGGUAAACAGAGAGCAUCGGCUCGCCUCACUCCACUGAACACGCUGCGGACCACGGAGGAGGCUGAUUGGUCGAUGCUCCUGGUGACCAACCAGGUGUGCAGAUGUGCACACAAGCUUUUUGUUCCUUUUGUUGUUGUUUUAACGCAGGAUCCUUUAUUUUAGAUUUUACUGUAUAGUUAAUAUAUUCUGCAAAAUGAGAUAUGUUAACUACAUAAUUCAAUGUUUUAGUAAGAACUGGUCUCUGAUAUUUAAGUGCAAAAGUCAAACAUACACAGAUAAUGAUUUGUAUUCUGGAUAUAUAUGUAUUUACUGGUAUUUUCAAUACGCUCUGCUACAAUGUAGUUUCACAAGUUAAAUGAUUUUUUUUGCCAAAUAGUUUCUUAAAGAAAAUCGCUCAAAUUGACCGUCAUAGAUUAAGAAAAAAACAUAUUCUAAUGAAUUAAUAAUUCAUUUAUAUUUUUAAUGAAAUUAGAGAGAAUGUACGUGUGUAUUUUUCAUUGAAAUUAAAUGAAGUUUAUAUAUAUUUAAAGUUACAUAAUUAUUUCCCCGGCAAUAUUUGAGUGGCUUGAGCUCAGGAAAUCUAUAGUUUAAUUGUUUAAUUUAUUAAACAGUUAAAAAAAAAUACAUUGUUAGCACUUAAUAUAUUUUCCCCCUGCUGUAAAUCAAACUAGUCAUGCAAAAAAAAUGUUAUGUUAAUCUCCUAAAUGGGUGAUAAAACGAUGUUUGGAGAGAGAGAAUCAUAUCAGUGAUGUAGAAUUUUACGAUCAUGUACAACUAGGAGUUUGUUUUUGAUUUCUUCCCGUGUGUGUAUUAACGUUUUCUGCUUUCACAUUUUAGUGAAGAAUGUAGCUUCUUCUGUGAAGAGCCAACUGCAAUCUGAGCCUUUUUUUUUUUACGUGGCAAGACAACAAAAAUAAAUAUGAUUGCAUUUAAA